ACUUCGAAAACAGUCUGAAUAAAUUCGUAACGUUUUUAUCUCGGAUCUCGGAUGCUUGUGCUGUGCUUGCUUGUGCCAAGUGAAAGUCUGUAAGUCUGUCAAACUUUUAAUCUUUUCUAUUGAAUUUUAUGCAAUUUUAACACUAAAAAUGGACACGAAAACCAAGAAUUUUGAGUUCAACGCACCCCAAUACUUGGAUUUUACCUCUACAACUCUUUCUGAAGACGAUGGAGCUGAUAGAUACUUUGACACUGAUCAUGAAUCUGAAAGACGCCUCACGCAGGUACACGAACCUGCAGCAGUAUCAUCGAGUACUCACCCCAUCACUAGUUUUAGUGCCAAAAGUCUCCGAUCCAACAACUUGGGGUUAGGUGUUGUAAGCUCCUCAAAUGAAGUGCUGGACUUAUCUCAACGGAGUGUGGAUAUCGAACACAUAAACAGAGCUAUCCCACCACCGCCAUGUUCUGCAAGGGAAAGUCCGCCCUACAUAUGCUCCCGAAUUGAAGGAGACGGAGGUGAACGGAGAGGUGAAUCAGGUGCUAGAAAUGGUGGAGGUGGCCCAUCAAGGCACCAAAUGCCAGACUAACCAAAAGAGAUGCACCAAGGUGCAACCGUUUAGCUUCGAGGAACGCGAUCGUCAGCUGCAGAAGAUCAAGGAGGAGAAAAUCAAGAAGAUCCUUGACGAAGAAAAGAAACUGCGUGAAUUUCACGCGAAUCCGGUGCCAAAUUUCUCGCAGCCAGCGAUCGGCAGCUUUUCCACCACUAAAACUGUCACCGACCCAAUCAACCUACAAUUCAGGACAGAUCGGCGUCUCGAGGAACGCCAUAAACGCGAAAAACCAGCUGAGGACAAAGAUGAAAAAUUCGUGUUCAGAGCGAAACCGGCCGUGGUUCUGAAGAAGGCGCCCUUCGAGCCAAAAAAAGGCGACUCUGCGCUCACUGACGUCACAGCAAUCCAUCUCAACACCGAGGAGCGAGCAAAAAAGAGAGAGGAAUUCAACUGCAAGAUUAAAGAGCGGGAAGCCACCAUUGAACAGAUCAAAUAUCAGCGUCGCCAAGAGGAAGAAAAACAGCAGAUGGAGGAAGUUAGGCGCAUGCGCAGAGAAGCAGAGCACAAAGCUGCGCCAUUCCCCCGUAAUGUGAUGGAGGCCCCUUUCAGAGUGCGUCCCUCCACUGCACCCCUCACCGAACCGAAGACCCCAAAGGUUCUGUCGAGAAAGAGGAAACACCAAGACUAAGCUCGGCACAGUUCCAAACCAAAAACUAUUAUUUUUUCAUAAAAAAAUUAUUUUUAUAAAAUGUUUUAGUCAUGUAACUGAGUUGAAAACCUCUCCAGUUCUGUCGCGAAUAAAGCCGGGGACACAUCUGUCAAGUAACGUUCCGAUUCUACUCCGAUCAUACAGACGGAUCACUGCAUGACAGAUAAACAUACAACGGAUUUCAAUGCGGCAUGACACACGAGAUUUAUCUGACAUGAGUAGAAUCGGAACGUUGCAUGAGAGGUCUGCUAUUUGAUCUGUCCUACUACCAAUCCUACAGCUCACAGAUAUGUCGGACAUGAGUAGAAACGGAACGCUGUAUGAUAGGUGUGGCCCCGGUUUAAUAGAACAUCGAAAUCCAAGACAAGUAUUUAAGACAAUGUAGUUCUAGGGAAAUGUAUAACGUUAGCAAUGAGAUAAUUAUGUUUUUUUUUUUGGUAAGUUGGUUAAGUUUUAGAGAAAAUAUACCGAAUUUAGUUUUGAUGUUUACUUUUUCGUGAUGAUACUUUCAGAGCUCUUUGAUCAAGCACAAGUAGCUUGACAUUUCUGACAAACUUUAACAACUAUGCUUAGUUCUAAACAUAUUUUAUUGGUUCUAAAUGAUUGAAAACUGUUUGCUAUUCAGUCUCAACAUAAGGGUGCGUACAGAUAUACACGCCGGAACAUGAGCAAUUCAUUUUUAAUCAGCUGACUAUAUCUGUAUUUUUACAGAAACGGUAAGAUACAGAUGUAAAAAGCUUGGCAUCAGCUGAUUAAAUGUGAAUUGCUCAUGUUCGCGACGCAUAAAUAUGUACGCACCUUAAGACUCAACUCACACUCACGCGACUCAGGUGGAGAAGAGACUCGACUCCAGUGGAGAGCAUGUGUUUUCAAAUGGUGAGGUCGCGGAGACUAGAGUGGACUGGUCUGAAUGUCACCAUUUGAAAACACAUGCUCUCGACUAGAGUCGAGUCUCUUCUCGACCUGAGUCGUGUGAGUUGAGCCUAAGACUCAAUACCUAAAGUCAGCCAGUUACUCACACAUUGAAUUUGAACGUUGGGUUUUUUGUCGUCCUUAUGAAUUCUACGCAAUGAAUUCUUAUGAAUUCCUAUGAUUAAACGCAACUUGACGAACAUCAUCGGUUUGAAAUCAUCUGUUUAAUCUAAUAGAAUUUAUAAGGACGGCAAAAAAAUCGUACGUCCAAAAAUCAAUGUGAUUCAUAAUGACUGUACUGUAUUGAACAAAUAACAAUUAUUAUUAUUAAAUUAUUAUGUGUGUGUAACUAGACUGACUACAGUAACUAUAUGGGUUAAUAGUAACCCAUAGUAUGGGUACAGUAACCCAUAUAGUUACUGUAAACUGACGAACCGUUCCCAAUCUUUUAGGGCUGUUUUCACAGUGGAAGCUUGAAUUGAAUCAGCUGGUCGUUCAAUCUCAAGGUGAACCACAUCAUACAAAUAGAGACUCAGGUCGAGUUGCACAGAAGCCUGUUGAAUUUUAAUCAUGAUUAAAUCUCACGAGAACCAAUCAGAUACGUUUUGUAUAAAAUGGAAGUCUCUCUGAUUGGUUCUCGUGGCAUUUAAUUGGGAUUAGAGGUUAACAGACCUUUGUGCAACCGGGUGUUGAUAUGGAUUGAAUCCAGUAUAACUGAGGUACCGUCAAAACUGACACUUGAUGCAAGCGGCACUUAGAACCAAUAAACUAUUAUGCUUAUAACUGU